CGGAGCAUGAGACGCGCGCCUCAACCCGCGGCCCUUUGCUGACUUCGCGGCUCCCGCGCAGCGCGUUGCUGGAGGCGAGCGCCGGCCCAGGUGAGGCGAGGCGGGACAUGCCGGCUCCUCCCCUCCUCGCUGGGCUCCAGGUGUCGUUGGCAGCUCGGCAGUUGAAGGAGCCGUGGCUGCGGCGGCGGGGCGGCGGGAGAAUGGCGGACUCUCAGCUGCUGUGCCUGGACGACGCUCACGUGAACGAGCGGGUCAGCGAGCACCACCCGCGCUACUACUACAGCGAGGAGCAGCGGAGGGCGCUGGAAGUCCUGCUGGCCAAGGGGGAGAAGGCGUACAAGGAGCGCCUGAAGAAGGACCAGCUGCGAGACUUCCUCUCCAGCCGGGAGCUGCAGGCCUUGCGGGGCGGUUGGCGCGCUUACGAUGCCCACCUCGAGGGCGGCAAGCCGGUGGUCGGCCCUUCGGGGAAGCCCCUGUCCUUGGCUUACUGGCCCGAGAGGUCCGACACCGAGAUCCCACCGCUGGACAUGGGCUGGACCAACACUUUCUACCGGGGAGUCAGCCGCCUCGGGCUGUAUACGCACCCGCGCAAGGAAGACAACGCGCCUCACGUCAAGCAAGUGGCGCGCGAAAUGAUCCAGCAGGCGCAGAAGAUCAUUGCAGUAGUCAUGGACCAGUUCACUGACAGGGACAUCUUCCGGGAUAUCGUAGAUGCAUCAUACAAGCGCCGGAUCCCCGUUUAUAUAAUCUUGGAUGAAGAAGGCUCUAAAUUUUUCCUGGAAAUGUGCAAAGGCAUGGAGCUGAGUGAUUUCUAUAUCCGGAAUAUCCGUGUGCGUUGUGUGACUGGAGCUGGGUUCUACAUGCCAUCAGGGAAGAUCCAAGGCAACUUGGCUACACGCUUCCUGAUGGUGGAUGGUGAAAAAGUUCUUACUGGAUCAUACAGUUUCACAUGGACCUCAUCCCACAUAGACAGAAACAUGGUCUUGUACUUGACCGGGCAGCAUGUAGAGAUGUUUGAUAUUGAAUUCCGUGAACUCUAUGCUAUUUCGGAGGAGGUCAACCUCUACAAGGAGCUGAACCUUCCAUGCCCUUUCCGCCAUGGUGUCGGGAGAAUGGGAUUUUCCUCUUCUACAGUGGCCCGGAAGGCCAUCAGCCCAAAGUAUGGACUGGUAGUGGCGGUUCCCCCAGGGGAAAUGAUGCGCUGGGCUUCCCGCCAGAGGCACGAGUCACAAGGGACUCAAGAAGCACAGGAAGAGGAAAGUGAGUCCAAUAGGCGACUACAAACUUUUCUGAAUGACCUUAUCACGGUGGAGCAAGUGCUGCCAGAUAUUGAGCCUCCACUUGAGGACCUGAACAGAGGAAACCGGAGUCCUCAGAAACUAUUUUCCCUAUUAAAAUCCAAAUCCAAAUCCAGGGAGUCCAUCCGUGACCUCAGGAAAGAUGAUGUUGCCAAUGGGGAAGCUGGUUCCAAACCAGUCAAGAGGUUUGGCAGUGGAUUUUUCAGACGGGCCAAGCGGCCACCACCCUUCAAUGCUGAUGCCAGUUCUAUUGCCAGUGAUAUUGCUGAAGACUUUGUGGUUGUGAAGACAGGAAAGGAAAGCCAGGCUAGCCCUCGCCCUGUCAGCGUCCGUAGUAGUGGGGCUAAUUCAGAAAGAAUGAGACCAAGCUCCCCUUCAGGGGACAGAGCCAAACAGUCCAACUGUGUGGUGUCAUGAUCUGAGGAAAACACGACGGGAAAACUGAGAACCCAAAGAGACAAGUGUGGCUGUGGAAUAUACAGCUGUGGGCUGAUUUCAAAUCUACAGUCCCAAGUUCCUCACAAUGGUCUGUAUCAACACUCUACUGUCAAGGUCGGAGCUGGUACAUCCAUCUAAAGUGCACAUGCAGAGUAAAACACAUGACAUGGAAGAUUCCUAUGUGGAGAGGUAGCAGCAUGAAUUAAAUAACAGUGAUAAGUGGA